CUCACGUGACCCGGGGCAGCCAGAUUUCCGGUUCCUGGCCGAAGGGGGCGGAAGCGGAGUGAGACGCCAGAGUCCGUCGUCGUCGACGUUAGUCGCUGUCUUCGCUGCUAACGUUUUGUCAUGAGUUGCUAAAAUCAUGGUGAAAUGUUGCUCGGCCAUUGGAUGUGCUUCUCGCUGUUUGCCAAAUUCCAAGUUAAAAGGACUGACAUUUCAUGUAUUCCCCACAGAUGAAAACAUCAAACGAAAAUGGGUAUUAGCAAUGAAAAGACUCGAUGUGAAUGCUGCAGGCAUUUGGGAGCCUAAAAAAGGAGAUGUGCUGUGUUCAAGGCACUUUAAGAAGACAGAUUUUGACAGAAGUGCUCCAAACACCAAACUGAAACCAGGAGUCGUCCCUUCUGUCUUUGAGUCCCCACGUCACUCACAGGAGAAAAGAGAAAAACUUCAUUGUAGGAAAAACUUUAUUCUCAAAACCCUUCCAGUCACCAACCAUGGUCACCAGCUUGUUGAUGCCUCAUGCAUUGAAGAAUUCCAAUCUCAGUUCAUUUUUGAACAUAGCUAUAGUGUUAUGGACAGUCCAAAGAAACUUAAGCAUAAAUUAGAUCAUGUGAUCAUCGAGCUAGAGAAUACCAAGGAGAGUCUACGGAAUGUUUUGGACCGAGAAAAACACUUUCAGAUAUCACUGAGGAAGACCAUCAGGGAACUGAAGGACGAAUGUCUGAUCAGCCAAGAAACAGCCAGGAGACUGGAUGCUUUCUGUUGGGGGUGCUGUCAUGAAAACACAGACUGAGACUGGGAUUUUGUGAAGAUAUGUGUUCCGUCUGCAGUUGACGUUGAUAAUGCUCCUUAGUAGAUCCUCACACACCAUCACUAAAUCCUGUCAUCACUGACAGCAUCAUGCAUUAUCCCUACUACCAAAAACGCACUGAAGAUGUGCAGACAUGUGUUGUGGUUAUGCUUUUGUGUGACUGGUGACAAUUAUGUUUUUACAGUGCUGGGUCACUAUUGUAAGAUGGUUAGAUCUCAAAAAAGUAAGGAACUAUAUCAAGUUGGCCACAUUAGUUAUAGCAAUUGGAACAUCAGAAUUUUGUUUACAACACACAUUCAUCUUUCCUCCAACCCAAGGUGCUUUAGUUAUUGAUCAUACUAAAGAAUACUUUUUUAAUGCACUCUGUAGCACUGACCCUGAGAAUAGCCCACGGAAAAGAUUUAUUGGCUUUUAAGUUAAGAGCUGAUUGGAGACGACUCCUGACAGGAUGUCAGUGUUUCGGUAUAGUACUUCAUUCCUCCUCACAGGGACUAGUCAGAAUAGCUUCAAACACCAAAGACUGCCGGCGCAGAAGUUUGACUCCAGGUGAACGGUUGGUACUCCACGAGAAUGUGACUUUGCAGCUGUUUUCACUCAGCUCUCCAUGCACAGGGCUGCUGCCAGCUGAAGCUUUGCAGUGCUGUUCUGUGGUUUUUAAGAAGGUUAUAUUGCCGACGCUUUCAAAACUGUAAAACAUAAGGAAAGCUGUUUCAAAUGGGCAGCUCUUGAAGUGGAAAUAGAAACAGAGACUCAAUGACUGUCCAGUGGCAGUGAUGACUCAGAAAUGAACAUACAAACGAGCUGUUUAGGAACUGCUUACCAAAUGUACAAAAGAAGAGUCUGAGCUAUUUACUGAUGGAGCCCAAUGUGAGAAAUUUUGCUUCUCCCCUGAUUUCUUACUAAAAAGACUGAAAUUAAGAAUCAUAAAUACUGUACGUUACAAUAAAAGGUACUAGCCAAAGUCCCACCCAAGUGGGACAAGCACAGGUCUGCAAAUGAACCUUCUUCAGAGCUCUGUGCAUGUCGUUAGACUGUGUUCAGCAAUUGUUUCAUUGUCUUAACAUCACGUCCAGUUUUUGUUUAUCUGUUCACUGUAACUUUAUUUGUUUCAUAUUAGUAUCAUAAAGAUAUGGUCUGUUGAAGAUUUUUGUAUUUAAGAUAUUGUAUUUUCAUGUAGGACUGUAAAUCUUCGUGCUAAAAUGGAUUUUUCCCCACAUGUGAAAGGUAAUUAUUGUGCUAAGAGAUUGAAAUUACUGAAGUCCUUUGAUUACCCUCAAAUGUUUUUUUUAAUUGUCUGCCUGUUAUUUAUUUGCCUUGUUUAAUUUCUAAGUCCCAGUGGGUACUCUAACGAGAAGUGUGGGUGGAGUCUAAGCCCUCAGCCUGGUUGUGAGCAUGUAUGUAAGCUGGUGACUGGGCAGUGGAGAAGGAAAAGCAUGGCAGUGGCUCCAGACUUGCCCUGCCCUGGCUGCCUGCAGUAAAGCAAGCCUGGAAGACUCUCCAAAGGAAGCUUCCGGACUCCGCCCUGUUCCAGCUGCAUAGUCACCUUGGCUGCUUGGGUCAUGGUGAACUCAGUCUUUGUCUUCUUCCACUGGGUCUAGUAUCCCUGAGACGUUGGUAACUGGGUGAAAUAUCAGUAAGGAUCAAGAGCUCUUUACUCUUGGAGAAAUGGUUACCAGUAGACUUAAAAUAUAGGAUCCCUACCACCUGCCACUUAAAACAAAUGCCUAGACACAUUUCCUACCUCAGUCCUCCACCCAGAGAUUGCAGCCUAGUCUUCCAGGGAAGAACUGCUGUGUAUAAAGACAGCUAAAUCAUGAGCUAUCCGGAAGGGCUCAGGCAGCCGAAGCUGACAGAAGAGCUCUAGUUUCUAAACAUAGACUGGCUUCUAGACCCUGGAAGACACUUGAUUUCCAAAGAAGGUAUGAAGCACUUGAUGUGGCCUUUUCUCCAUGUCAAGUUUAAAUUUCUGAAAAUGGACUUUGUUGCUGAAGGUACCUGUAAUUAUACAAGUCUUUAAUUUGAGAAAAGGUGAAAUGUAUUCAAUAUAUACUUAGUUUUAGUUUUUAAAAGUAAAAUUCUGACAAAUAAUUGAGGAAUGAAAGCUAUUUAUUUGAAAAAUAAAAAUUUUGUCUAGUAA